AAUUAUUGUAAACAUUCCGGCCAGCCAUCAGCUGAUAAUUUUAUAUUUCUCAAAAUCUAAAUUCAUGUGGUUUGGUUUAUAAAUAAAUACGAAUAUUGUCCUGAAUUUGAAUAUAAGCGAGUGAAUAAACCACAUUACAUCAUGUCAACUGCUAUGACUUUCGGACAAAAACAGUUCAUUCCGACUGCCCCUGACAAAGGCAGUUUUCCUCUCGACCACGAUGGUGCCUGCAAGAAGACCAUGGUUCAGUAUAUGAAGUGUUUAUUUAACAACAACAGCAACAACUCUUUGUGCCGCAACGAGGCUAAGGAAUAUUUGGCUUGUCGCAUGGACAAUAACCUGAUGGCAAAAGAAGACUGGUCAAAGUUGGGAUUCCAAGAAGAGAGUGAUGAGAAAAGUCAAUUGAAAGAGAAUAGCAAAUGACUAUUUCUUGACUGGAAAUAGUAAGACCUUUACCAGAUGAGAGUGUGAUUUGUACAAACCAUCAAGAUAUCUACUUUUAUCCUUAAUAGAUAGCUUGUGUUAAACUGGAGGGAAGCCAAUGUUUUAUUCACUC